AUAACUCCUAAUGGACCUGCGUGGUGUUGGUGGCUUCUCGCGGUUCUUCCUGUGGACCCUCGGUAUCAGCUGUCAGUAUUGUCAAUGAAGUCUUUGGAGGACCGGUUGACAAAGAUACAACAUAUACUGACCUAUUUUUCUAGAGACCAGUCCAAGUAACUACCUGCUUGGAUCUUACUUAAGCUAUCCUAAUCUGGCUGUGUUGAUGCCAGAUUGUCCGCUGCCUUUGCACAUCCAGUGCUGGUUUAAGAAAUGUAACAAAACAUUUUUCUUCAACCUCCUGAAUCUUGUGGAUCUGCAAAUGAAUACCUUCAACUAGGAUUUAGACCACUAAUAACUUGCACAGUAAAACACGCAGUAAAUGUGUGUUAAACCUCUACAUUGUGAUAAAGUUGCACUAUGUACCAUAGUCUAAAAUGAACCUAGUACUCUGUAUAUGUAUGUAUGUAGUGUGUGUGUGUGUGUUUAUCUGUCUGCGUGUGUUUGCGUGUGUGGGUAAUAUGUGUGCUUUUUCUCUGGCUUUAAGAUUUAAAAAAAAGAAAAAAGCCAUAGAGAGCUGAACUUGCCGAGGGUCAUUUAUUGCCCAAGUUUACAACAGUAGUGAUACAAGUUUUUGCAAAUUGAAUUUGCCUCAGAUUAUCUGUCCUAAUGCUUAUAUUUGCACAAGUGUAUAAAAUAUGGUACAUAUAAAGUAUUUUUUGUUGGAAAUACUGCUCUUGCUGAACUGUCUUGACCAUUGACUAUGACACAGUUUCUUGUUUAUGUAAAUAUUUGCAUCCCAGUGGCUGAAAGACAUUGGAUGCAGAACCUAGAGCCAGUCUUCAGGAACAAUUGCAAACCUGACAUGGUACUGUGCGUCUAUCCAUAAAACACUUAAAACUGUGAAAAUAUGGUUUACAUUUCAUUGUACAUAAAGGUAAGUGGAGAGCUUGAUUCAGUACCCGUUAGCGUGUACAUUUUAGGGGGCUUUUCAUAUUAACUGCCUGUCUGUGUAAUUUAUAGUUUGACAUGAUGCGUUUGUUUAAAAACUUACAUAUUAUAAACUCACUAAGGAUCUGAGGAAAGAAAAGAAGCUUAACGUAGAACUAAGCUUUUACAGUUUGUUUUGUUUUUAAAUUCUGGUCUUGGUGCAAAUGUUAGUUAUGCCUUAUUCAUAUCACAGAUUACCAUGCUGUGACAUGGUUUAUAUUCAUGCUGCCCUAGAUACUUUUGUAAUUAUUUGUUUGCAAAUUUGUGACUGUCCCUAUUAACUUUCUUUUAUGUAAGUAAUUUGUAAGUUUCUUAAAAUUUUUGCUUUUGCUUAUUUAAUUUUGAAUAAAAGCUAAAUUCAUAAUAAUUGUU